GUCAUGUUGCUGCGGAGCUGCUGCACCGUCCUGACUCUGCUGUUGAUUAUCGCUGCUGCUGCUGCUGUUGCUGCUGCAGUGUUUGUGGAGCAGCGCGAGGCUAACGGUGUGCUGCGGCGAUGGCGUCGAGCGAACAGCGGCUUCCUGGAGGAGCUGAAGCAGGGAAACCUGGAGCGAGAGUGUGUGGAGGAGAUCUGUGACUACGAGGAAGCUCGAGAGGUGUUUGAAGACGACGACAAGACGAGGCAGUUCUGGACCACGUAUGAUCGUCGUGACCCCUGUCUGGUGAACCCGUGUAAAAACAACGGGGCGUGUGUCUACAUGGGGAUGAGUUACGAGUGUCAGUGUCCAGAGGGAUACGAGGGACGACACUGUCAGACUGUGUUUGAAGACUCACUCAAGUGUCUCUACCAGAACGGACACUGUCAACAUUUCUGCGACGGCUCCACAGAAAGACGCAAAUGUUCCUGCGCUGAUGGAUACGAGCUUGGAGAGGACGCACGCCAGUGUGUGGCGCAGGUGCAGUUUCCGUGUGGUCAGGUGACCCCACAGGAAACAGGUGUGAUUGACAGCGUCCUGGAUCAGACCAGAGUGGUCGGAGCAAACCAUUGUCCUCGAGGACAGUGUCCCUGGCAGGUUCUGGUUCAGUUAAGUGGGCGGAGUCACUGCGGAGGCGUCCUCGUCAGUUCUGACUGGGUCGUCACCGCCGCUCACUGUAUCCAUGGCAACAGUCCCCAAAACCUCACUGUGGUGGCAGGUGAAAUCAACCUGGACGUCGACGACGGCACAGAGCAGAGGAUUCCCGUCACCAUGGCGAUGGCUCAUCGCGCUUACGACCCGGCGACAGGCGACAGCGACAUCGCUCUGCUCCGGCUGAGUCGACCUUUGACCCUGAACCGUGACGUGAUCCCUGUGUGUUUGCCGACCGCAGAGCUGUCGCGGCGCGAGCUGCUGCUGACGCGGUACCACGCCGUGUCCGGCUGGGGAAAGCGAACGAGCGGCGGGAACGCCGAGGAUCCGGCGCCGGGAGUUCCCGUUUCCUCCAUUCUUCGCAGAAUGAGCGUUCCGAUCAUCUUAAAUUCGCAGUGUUCGCAGCGCGCGCACUUCAACUUCACCGCUAACAUGCUCUGCGCCGGGUACCUGGAGGGACGCCAGGAGAGUUGCCGCGGCGACGACGGCAGUCCGCUCGUCACCCUGUACGGCGACACCCACUUCCUGACGGGUGUGGUGGGCUGGGGGCGGGGCUGUGCGCAGCCGGGGUAUUAUGGGGUUUACACCAACGUGGCCAACUUUGUGGAGUGGGUGGAGAACACCAUGAAAGCCCCGCCCACUGAGAGGGUGGAGCAAAGUUUAGCUGAAAACAUGGAACAGAAAGUCAAUGGUUUUUACAGACGAGCUCGUCUUCAUCGUCUUCAUCGUCGGACCAUGUUCUGGUUCCACCGCUCGUUCCUGUGGCUCCUGCUGCUCAGCGUCGCCACCGCCGCUAACGUCUUCAUGGACGACCGCGCGGCCAGUCAGGUCCUGAGCCGCCGCAGACGAGCUAACUCCUUUCUAGAGGAACUGAAACAAGGAAACAUGGAGCGGGAGUGCAUGGAGGAGCGCUGCAGCUGGGAGGAGGCGCGGGAGAUCUUUGAAGAUGGCGAGAAAACGAAUGAAUUCUGGAACAAAUAUGUCGAUGGCGAUGCUUGCGAGUCAAUGCCCUGCGCUCAUGGAGGACACUGCAAAGACGGGAUUGGCACUUACUCCUGCUACUGCAAGGCUGGGUACCAGGGCUUCAACUGCCAGAUCGUGAUUCCUGAGCUCUGCGAGUCCGAAAAUGGCGGCUGUGAACAUUACUGCAAAGUGGUGCGAGGAAACGUUCAGUGCUCCUGUGCUGACGGAUAUUUCCUGGCGUCGGACGAUAAAUCCUGUCUCUCCAACCAGACCUUCAAGUGUGGCGCCAUCGUCACCAAAGACACCCGGACUGUUUUCAGGUACGUUCGACCGAACGUAACAGAGGGAAAUACGACAGGGUUCAACACGACAGACCCAAACUCCAACUCCAAAGACAUGAUGUCCUCAGGAAACCACAGCCACAUUGAGAUUGUUCCAGAACACAUCAUCUUAGAGGAACUGAUCAACCCUGAGAUGGCCAGUAUGACCCGAAUUGUCAAUGGAGAAGACUGUCCACCAGGAGAAUGUCCAUGGCAGGCUCUCCUCCUGAAUGAGGAUGAUAUUGGCUUCUGUGGAGGAACCAUCCUCAACGAGUACAUCAUCCUGACCGCCGCCCACUGCAUGAACCAAUCCCGUUACAUCUACGUUAAACUCGGUGAGUUUGACACAUUGGUGGAUCACGGUAACGAAGCAACACACUACGUGGAGGCUAUCGCCACGCACUUUAAAUACCAACCACAGACCUACAACAACGACAUCGCACUCCUCAAACUCAGCAAGCCAAUACAGUUCUCCAGGUUCAUCGUCCCAGCAUGUUUGCCUGAGCAGGAAUUUGCGGAGAAGGUGCUGAUGCGGCAGCCAGUUGGCAUGGUCAGCGGUUUCGGUCGCCUCGGCGAGGGUCGGCAGGCGUCCACCAUCUUGCAGCGCCUCACGUUACCCUACGUGGAUCGGCACACCUGCAUGGAAUCCACCCAGUUCCGAAUCUCCCAGCGUAUGUUCUGCGCAGGCUACCACACGACACCCAAGGACGCCUGUCAGGGCGACAGCGGCGGACCGCAUGUCACCCACUACCACAACACGUACUUUGUCACAGGCAUCGUGAGCUGGGGUGAAGGCUGCGCACGCAAAGGGAAGUAUGGUGUCUACACCCAGGUGUCCAAGUACACCCGCUGGAUCCGCGAAGGAAUGGAGAGUAUGUUGCACAAAAAGACGAGCGGCAGCAGGGUCAAGAGGCACCACAGCGCCAUCGAGAGGCUGGUUCUGUGAGACAGUGAACUCAGCAGAGAAGAAAUCAACCACAUGUUUUAUAUCAUCAUGUAUUCUAUGCGUCACACUCAUUGACAGUCAGGUUCCAGAAACACGUGACAACACAUUAACGAUGUUUUAUGAUGCGUUCACACCAAACACACAGAAGUUUUUCAGGUCACAUGAUUUAUACCGGGAUCAGACCACACGAUGUGUCUCUCUUUCACAUCAGUCAGAUUAUUAACCACAGUGGCACGGAUUGUUGCUGUCUUGUUCAGGGGACUGCUAACACUACAAGAGUGACCCCUGACCAAACAUCGUUCACCACAUAGGUCACGUACGUCAUCGGUGAGGUGGGGCAAGCUGUCAAUCAUGGCUACCAAUGAGUGAUGCCCACUGACUUUUGUCGUGGUCGUUUCUUAAGGAGACGUUGCUGUUGACCUCUUCACCCAGUGAAUGUCUUCAUGUUACGCUGUGUCAGUGCACUCCGUUCCCCUAUUGGUCAACAUCCAGGAGCCAGUCAUAGGAGACCUAGUGUUACACUAAACAUCCGGUCAUCGCGUAAGUCUGAAUUUGUGUCGUCUGAUCCCGACAUUAGUCUGAGUGAUGAGCACUGGGUUUUAUCGAUGUUGGAAACUAAAGUCAACAUAAACGCAAUCAACACAAAUUUUGUGUCUUCGCGGAUGGAAUCACGCAAAAUUCUUGUUCACUUGCGACUUACUCACUGUGGUGUGAACGGACCAUAAAAGACAUAAGUGAAAACGAUCAGAUUAGCUUCAAUUCUUAACCCAUUUUGGCCACUUGGGGGCAGCAGAACAACAUGUAUUAAUGUAUAAAAUGUCAUGAAGGUUCCAAACAGUAAAUCUUUGUCUCACAUGUUGGUGAUCAUGUGACUUGAACAAUGACAGUGUCAAUAAUAACAUGAGGUGUUCCUCAGGGA